AUUAGCUACAUUUUUUAUAUAUAUAUAAAAAAAAAAAGAAAAAAAAAAACUGCCUUCAGAAAUAGUGUCCACAUAAUGUUAUUUAGUUCUAUCUUUGGGAUUUUAAUUAUUUCAUUAAGAAUAUUGGUUAAAGCAGAUGAUAAAGUACCAGUGCUUUUACGAGCUCCUUUAAUACAAAAGAAGAUUUCAUCGAAAAAAUUAGGUUCACUUCAACGACGAACUACUAAUAAUGAGACAAUAUACAAUGAUGAAUCCUCUAUUUACUUGAUUAAUGUUCAGAUAGGAACACCGCCUAUACAAUUUGAACUCGUAUUAGAUACUGGAAGUGCUGAUCUAUGGGUACCUAGUAUAAACUGUCCUUCCUCACAAUGCCCUUUCGCAAAGUUCAAUGGUGCCAGUUCUAGUACAUUCAAACCACUUAAUGAAGUCUUCAAUGUUAUUUAUGGUAUUGGUUCUGCAUCUGGAGUCUAUGCACUAGAAACUAUCUCAGUUGCAGGAAUGACAGUUGAACAACAACAGUUUGCCUAUGUCAACCAGACACAAAAUAUUUUGACCGAAAUAUUUACAUUAAAUGGCUAUGUAUAUACGCCUACAGUCAACAGUACAGAUAAUACGUUAGAUUUCAGUUCUGACCAUCAAUUAGAUGGUAUCUUUGGUUUAGGAUAUCCAUUUAUGACUUCAUCUGAGUUAAAUUAUAAUCCAUUCUUCUUUAAUUUGAAGGCACAAAAAAGAUUGUCCCAAAAUAUCUUUUCUAUAUAUUUGAACUCAUAUGAAUUUUAUGGAAACUCUGGAGAGCUUAUUUUUGGCGGAAUUGAUAGUAAUAAAUACAAAGGUAGUAUUUAUUACCUUCCUGUAGCAAAGACAACUAUUAUUCCUAAUAAUUCUGAACCUAUAAAUGAUCAUGGUUAUUGGCAAGCAAAUGGACAGGGCGUUGGCGUAAUGAAUGGAAGUAAAAGGAUAUUCGAAUAUAAAUAUUUUAAACAGACUCCAUGUAUUUUUGACACGGGCACAACAUUGAGUUCGUUACCAAAGAGUGUCAUUCCGUCACUAUUUUCAGCUGCAUUUGGUAGUAAUAAUCUCAUUUAUAUUCCUCAAAAUAAUUACUUCCAGGUUAGAUGCUCAUUAGCUCAACAAAACAUAACCAUUCAAUUUAUGAUGUCAAGAACAGAUGCUAUGACGAAUGAACAAAUUGUCAUCCAUAUUCCAAUAGCUGAUCUUAUAGUACCUCUUGAUAGUGACUAUAUAGAAAAUGCGACUGUCUGUAUGGUUGGAAUUAUUCCUUUUGAUGGUCCUAUUAUGUUUGGUCAAACUAUAUUAAGAAGUUUAUAUCAGGUAUAUGAUGCGGAUAAUAAUCGUAUUGGUGUUGCAAGCGCAUUAGGAUCAGACUCGUUCAUAACUGAUUCCAUAUCAUCGGCAACAAGCAAUUCUAGUGAACAUCACGAUAAUGAUAAAAAAGCAACUAGUUCAGGAGCUUUAAUUCAAUGUAAUAGUAUUCUACUUAUAAGUCUAGGUUUUUGUAUUCUCUAAUUCUUUAAAAUAUUGAUAAAAAUGUAAAGAGUAAUGAUUCAAUACAUACAAACAUACAAACAUACAUAGCAUCUUCACUUUUAAUUUAAACUAUCUGGAUGCAAAAAAAAAAAA